AAAAUCGACCCCCUCAGUUUGCCAUUCCAAGUGCAGUUUACGCUAUCUUGAACAAUGACUUCAAAAUUCAGAUUAUGGCAGUAGAUCCUGAAAAUCAAGACAUGACAUUUACCUUGCUAUCAAAUGGAACUUUGACCACAGCACAAAUCUCGAAACAAUUGCUUACAAUACCGAAUGUUAAAGAAAAUGGAACUGUUUAUGUACAAGUUGAAGAUGAGAUGGGAGCAAAGAACAUUUUAAUUCUUGAAGUGAAUGCCUUUGAAUGUCCAUGUGUGCACAAUGGUAAAUGUUAUCAAAACAAGUCCAUUACAUAUCCAGUUCAACCAUCAGAUUAUCUCUGUGAAUGUGAAGAUCCCUACACAGGUCAACGAUGUGAAAUACGUCCAAAUCCCUGUGAAGAACUACCAUGUUAUCCAGGUCUCAACUGUUCCACUGCUCAGAAUUCUGAAGGAUUUACUUGUGAAGAAUGUCCAACAUUGUUUCAAGGAGAUGGGAAACAGUGUGAACUAAAAGCAAAUGAAG